AUGCAGAGGCCCAAAGAACGACCCGAGAUUAGGGCUGAAUUUGCCGAUGCGUUUCGGUGUUCACCGGACCUGGGGGCAAUGGUUUUGAACGUCAUGGAGGGGUUUUAUCCUCCGAAUGAGGACGAGUAUGAAAAUGAGGUGUUGAGUUCUCUAAGUUUAGCUUAUAUGGCGUUGUUGGAGGAGUUGAGGAGAGCAAAAAUUGAAAUUGGGGGAGAAGUGAAGGAGAGAGCGAGGAAAUUGGUGAUUGAAUGGAAAAGGAAGAUUAGAAAGGAUGAAUGGAAGGGAAAGGAAUCUGUUGCCAGGUAUCGGGAAGCUAUGGAGUUGUGUCGAGAGUUUGUUCCCUUGAAUAAAAUGUCCGAUGUUAUUCACAAACUCAUUAUUAAGGGCAAACAACUUCUGGCCGUCAAAUUUAUUUUUUUAUUCGAGCUGGCUGACAAGUUCCAACCUGUUCCCCUCUUGUUAGACUAUGUAAAUGAUGCUAAUAAUAAGAAGCUUUCUCAGAAAGUUCCCAAGAGCAGAAACAACUCUCAUCAAUUGCUGGUAUUUGGGUGUAUCUUAAUAUGA